UGAAAUGAGACGGAAACCAAACCGCAAACUGUUGCUUCUGUCUUAACUUGCCUAAAGACCUGUUGAUGCCAUAUUGAGGGAAAUUAAUGUGCACAAGCAGCAAACAUUUUGGCUGGAGCGUCACUGAGAAGGUGGGGCUUGUACUAGCCCCUUUGUCACUUGGGCUAAUGUAAAGCAUAUAAAUAUGGGAAAGAAUGGGGAAAUUACCACCAAACGGUCUUCAUCUCCAGGAGCAAACUUCUCUCCAUCGCUUGCUGCCUCUUCUUUAGGCCACAUCCUCCUCACCAUGGCUCUCUGGAUCCGGUCUCUGCCUCUCCUGGCCCUUCUCGCUCUUUCUGGCCCUGGGAUCAGCCACGCGGCUGCCAACCAGCACCUCUGUGGUUCCCAUUUGGUUGAGGCUCUCUACCUGGUGUGUGGAGAGCGGGGUUUCUUUUACUCCCCCAAAACCCGACGGGACAUUGAGCAGCCUCUAGUGAGCGGUCCCCUGCAUGGCGAGGUGGGAGAGCUGCCGUUCCAGCACGAGGAAUACCAGAAAGUCAAGCGAGGUAUCGUUGAGCAAUGCUGCGAAAACCCAUGCUCCCUCUACCAACUGGAAAAUUACUGCAACUAGAUGAGAGGCUGGCAGAGACAUGCACUUACACUAUUGCACCUUCAAAGCAACUGAAUAAACCUUGUGGAUCUGUUGUGUCAGUCUGUGUGUCCAUGGGCUGCAUUAUGUGUCCAUAGUUGGUGUACCCAUGGUUGGUGUGCCC